AUGGGCGUGGCUCUGUUGGGGGUGAAGAUGGCAGUCACCAUCAAGUAUACCCGCAACGCAGAAUGGAAAUGGUUCUCCCCUAUGGUUUCCUCUUACCUCACUGCCGUCAUCCCCUCAAUUUGUUUCCUGGAGCUCAGCCUGCUGCAGUACAAGCUCCCGGUCAACAUCUCCUCUAGCCUUGAGCUAGAGGAGCUGCUGGCUCACAUCCCCAUCUCAGCGGACAUCUUGCAGCUGGGCCCAGAAAACUGUGCGGCUGCCCUGAAGCAGACCAUGCUCAUCGUGCUGGUUCUGGGUCGCUGGCUCACGCCCAAAGGAGACAUGUCCCGAGAUCAGCUCUCCCAGCUCCUCAUGGCCUAUGCGGGCCUGGGCGCCGACAUCCUGGACAUCUUUGACAUCUUCACAGAGCCAGAUGUCAAGACCAACCGGGCUGUCAUCGACGUAGGACUGGCCCUGUCCUCCAUGCAUUUCCCACUGGUCCUCACCCAGACCUACCCCACCAAGGCCCAGCCCCAUCCUAGCUCGUCCCAGCCCUGGCUCGUCCCAGUGGAGUCUCUCUCAGGGGGACUAUGCUGUUCCAGGGAAGUGUGGCGUUUGCUGUUGACUGUGGGGCACCAGGAUGGGCUGUUCCUUGUCUACCGCCUCUACCUCACGAUCAGGAAGAAUGUGCUCAACCAGUUGAUGAUCUUCUUCACUUGCAAGAACAUCCUUGUCAUCUUGCUGGAGGUCUACAGGAUCUUUGUGGUGUAG